AUGUCGCAGCUAGUGGAAGGAUCGCCAUCAAAUCCAGAAACCUCGUCGCAAUCCAUAAUUCAGUCGACGACUCAGGCAGGCCCAGAGACGACGAACACGGCAUCGUCUACAGUUAUCCAGGGGAGACCUCCUUGGGGAAGCAGUCCUCCGCCUUGGGGCAAUGGACCUCCACCUUGGAUUACUGCUGGAGGGGGUUGGGGAGGGCCUGUGGUCAUGACAACAACAGUCAUUAGCAGUAGCCAAUCUUCAGUGUCGAAUGCUGCUAUGUGAGCUUUCUCGCAAACAUAAUAUAUUUUGACAAACACGUGCUGACGAAAGUAAACCCAUUGCAACCAUUCUCCCUUCAGGGACAUUAUCUACAACCACAAGUCCGUCAUCCAGCGUGGUAACCAUAGCAGGGUCAGGACAAUCCAUAAUUUCUCCCUCCUCGACUCCCACUUCACCGAUCACACCGACACUCUCGGUUACAAAUUUAGAAUCAAACACUGGGACAAAACCGCAAUCAACGAUCAAUAAACCAGCAAUAGCAUUAGGGAUCACAAUCGGAAUUGUCCUUCUUAUUCUCCUUCUCCUUCUAGCAUUCUGGUAUGGUCGACGUCAAAGGAGGACUUCAACACAAUCUCAGGAUGAUAGCGAGAAUAAAGCAGGAAUUGAGGGACAUAACUCAGGUUCCAAAAGUGUCGAAAUAGGUUCCGUUAUGAUUGGGAGUAUGAAACAUGUUGAGAUGGAAGGAAGCAUGCAUCCGUUCGAACUGGACGGGGAAAAUAUUACUGUGGAGAUUUGUGGAGGUGAGAUUGAGAGGAAGAGAAGGAGCUCUGGGUUCGCGGCUUGGUUGAGUGAUACAGAGGAUGAAGGGAUCAAGGAAGGCGGAGAUGGGUGUUCCGAAAAGGGGGGGAGAGGGGGAGGGGGAAGCGAAUCGAGUGACGCUGGGGACAGGACUAAUUCAGCAAAUUACUAG